GAAUUUUUCCUUAUAUGAAUAGUUUGGUUUAUUAAGAACAAAUUCAUGAGCGUCUUCAUAUCAUAAACGAAUGUACCUUGUUUUGUUUAUUGUUUAUUUAUUUUUUUGUCUUUCACAAGAAUCUCUGCUCCAAUAAGUUGAACCAUUAGCGGUGGACACCAGGCACAUUCGCAGAGACAACCGGAUAAGGAGCGAGAAUUAGUGGUAUAAAGCGACCUAUAUAGAAGACACAAUGAGUUCGAAACAACAAGAUCAGCAUUGUCGAAUAUCUUAUUUAUACCAAGCAGCACAUUACUUGCUCCAGCAUACUGAACAAGCAAAAUUUUCUCGACACUAUAUCUCCACAGCGAAGCAGGUAUCUCAAAAAUCUGUCCUACGGUUACACCCAAAUAUAAAGAGAACAAUUUGCAAGAAAUGUAAUUCUCUUAUGGUUUUUGGAAAAAGCUGUUCGGUCCGGACAGAAGAACCGUCAAAAAGGAAGCCUGAAUGCGAUCGUAGUUUGUGGGUAUGCAAUGAGUGUGGAUCAACAAAGCGGUUUCCUUUUUCAAAAGCAAAAAGAAACAAACAAAAGAAGGAUGAUAGGGUGAAUGAAAGUGAAAUGAUGGCGCCAUAGAAAAUCAAGCAAUCGAGCCCAAUAAAAUGAUAUUCAUGAUCGUAAUAAAAUAGAUACCAGA